GGCUCGGUCCCCACAGCAACCGCAUCCUCUCUUCUCCGUGCUCGUUGGCUGUGUGUAAGCUGAGCAUCUUUCUACCCAAAACCUUCAGCUCCUUAAAAUUGAUGUUUCUCAGGAUCCAGAGUGCCAUAUCAAAAACACUCUUCCAGUCUCUUAGGCAGCCCUUUUUGUCACGCAAACCCCGAAAACUGAGCUCCAAAAUGUCUUUCCCGUACCCGCAGGCUUACCGUGACGACGCAGUGGUGGAUGGAUAUCAUGGCUGCAAAGUACCUGAUCCAUACAGCUGGCUGGAGGACCCCGACAGUGAGAAGACACAGGCCUUUGUCAGCGCCCAGAACCAGCUGACAUUGCCGUAUUUAGAGCGCUGUGAGGUGCGAGACCUGUUCAAGGAGCGCAUGACUGAGCUGUACGACUACCCCAAGUAUAGCUGUCCCUUCAAGAGGGGGAACCGGUACUUUCACUUCUACAACACAGGCCUCCAAAACCAAAGCGUGAUGUACGUGCAGGAGAGUCUGGAUGAUGAGCCCACGGUCUUCUUGGAUCCAAACACAUUUUCUGAUGAUGGGACCGUUGCCCUGCGAGGCUACGCGUUCUCUGAGGACGGGGAGUACCUGGCGUACGGCACCAGCGCCAGCGGUUCGGACUGGGUGGAGAUCUGCUUCCUGCAGGUUGAAGGCGCCAAGCCUCUGGAGGACCGCCUGGAGCGAGUCAAGUUCAGCUGCAUGUCCUGGACUCAUGAUGGGAAGGGACUUUUCUACAACUCGUACCCUCAGCAGGAGGGCAAGAGUGAUGGCACCGAAACCUCCACUAACCUGCACCAGAAGCUGUACUUCCACGUUUUGGGGGAUCCUCAGUCCGAGGACGUGCUGUGCGCCGAAUUUCUCGACCACCCCAAAUGGAUGGGAGGAGCUGAGGUAUCUGACGAUGGACGUUACUUGCUGCUGUCUAUCAGGGAAGGUUGUGAUCCGGUCAACAGACUGUGGUACUGUGACCUUAAGACCACUCCUCGGGGUAUUACAGGACUUUUGCCGUGGGUGAAGCUAAUCGACAACUUUGACGCCGAGUACGAGUACGUGACCAACGAGGGCACGCUGUUCACAUUCAAGACCAACCUGGACGCCCCGCGUUACCGCCUCAUCAACAUCGACUUUGCCUCUCCCGCUCAGAGCAAGUGGAAAGAGCUCAUCCCUCAACAUGACAAGGACGUUAUCGUGUUCGCCACCUGCACAUACUCCAGCUACCUGUUUGUGUGUUUCCUCCACGACGUGAAGAACGUGUUGAAAAUGUACCGUCUGGACUCGGGGGAGGAGCUGAGGACCUUCCCUCUUGACGUCGGAUCUGUGGUUGGUUUCACGGGACGGAAGAGGGACUCAGAGAUCUUCUACUAUUUCACCUCCUUCCUCUCCCCAGCCAUCAUUUAUCACUGCGACCUGACUAAGGAGCCGAUGCAGCCCCACAUCUUCAGAGAGGUCACCGUCAAAGGCUUCAGCCCGUCGGACUACCAGACCACCCAGAUCUUUUAUCCCUCCAAGGACGGCACUGAAAUCCCCAUGUUUAUCGUUCACAAGAAGGGCAUCAAAUUGGACGGCUCCCAUCCAGGUUUUCUGUACGGCUACGGCGGUUUUAACAUCUCCAUCACGCCGAGCUACAGCGUCUCCCGACUCAUCUUUGUCGGACACCUGGGGGGAGUCCUGGCUGUUGCCAACAUUCGAGGAGGGGGAGAGUACGGGGAGACCUGGCACAAAGCUGGCAUGUUGGCCAACAAGCAGAACUGCUUCACAGACUUCCAGUGUGCGGCAGAAUAUCUCGUCAAGGAGGGAUACACGUCUCCUUCCAAGCUGACUAUAAAUGGAGGCUCCAACGGUGGCCUGCUUGUAGCGGCUUGCGUGAACCAGCGGCCCGAGCUGUUCGGCUGUGCCGUCGCUCAGGUCGGCGUCAUGGACAUGCUGAAGUUCCACAAGUUCACCAUCGGCCACGCCUGGACAACAGACUUUGGCUGUUCUGAAGACAAAGAGCAGUAUGACUGUCUCAUGAAAUACUCCCCGCUCCACAACAUCCGCAUCCCAGAAGGCAACGGGGUCCAGUACCCCGCAGUCCUCCUCCUGACGGGGGACCACGACGACCGGGUGGUGCCUCUCCACUCCCUCAAAUACAUCGCCACCCUGCAGCACAUCGUAGGCCGCAGCACCAAGCAGACGAACCCUCUGUUCAUCCUUGUGGACACAAAGUCGGGCCACGGCGCCGGCAAGCCGACCAGCAAGGUCAUCCAGGAGGUGGCUGACACCUACGCCUUUAUCGCUCGCUGUCUCAACAUCUCCUGGGUCAAAUAGCCUGCGCCUCCCCGUUAAAGUGUGUGUGUUUUGUUUUUCUUCCUUUACUCAAAUCAUCUUUGGAAUACGGUUCAUACCAGCUGUUCACACUAUGUUUGUAAAUUCACAGUAUUGGACCUUUUAACUCAUGUUUACCCAGCCACCAUUACUACAUCUUUUCUUUAUGUUUAUCUGUGUUUGUCCCUCCCUCCCCCCUCUCAGUGUCAGGAUCUGCCCCGGCUGCACUUAAACACAACUAUAAGCCAACAUGCAGCACCCGAAGCUAACGUACCGUCUCCUGUAGACCAUGUUUGUAGUCCUAAUGAAACAAAGAAUGACUACACUAUCAGUGAUGGGUGUGUAAAGGGAUGGAGGUACCUUCACGGUUAAUCGGCAAUCAGCCAAUCAGCAGUUAACAGUCAUGAGGUCGAAGUGGCAAAAGUUUAUUCGUUGCUGCGUCCUCCGGGUGCUUCAACGCGAUGCAUAUUAUUUAUUUUACGUUUGUGCACAGAACGGAGCGGCUGUGGGAUGUUGAACGACUCCAGCAUGUACAAGUAUAGUGCAAAUGAUGACACCGCAAAGCGACAGUGUUGCCGUGGAUGAGAAACAUGCAAAAAAAACAAAAAAAAACUGCAUCAUGUGUGCAUGUGAAAGAGUGUGUAUGUGUGAGUGUGUGAGUUUGUUUAAAUGUCAGUCCCCACAUUUCUUUCAGACUGAUGAUUUCUACCUCUUGACAUGUGCUGAUUGUUUGCCUUUUAAAGGGAACAAAACACAAUGCCACAACUACAAUAAACAACUUUUUAAACAGUGA